AUGUGUAGUAAAUUAAGUUGAAAAGUGUUUUGGUUACUGUAGUCAAACUUACUUCUCCUACUGUAAAUUAAUUUACGUCGUAAAAUAUCAGACUUCCUUGUAAAAUUAAUAAGUGAUUAAGUUAGUUUUGAAUGAUUGUAAGGUGUGAACUAAAUUAAGAACACUAUCUUAGAGUGUCAGGUUUAGAAAAUGUCGACUAGCGAAGUAUCUGUUGGAGGAAGCGGAGAAAUUGUUAAAAGAACGCUUAUUGGAGCUCUUCAACAGACCAGUAAGGGCGUUCUGAUAGUUGCUCUAAUCAUCGGUAAAACCGAGCCAAGACGGGUGGUGAUGAGGAAGGAUGGAGGAGAGAGGUUCGUUUCUAGUUUCACGCUGAGAGAUUCUCCCUCUGAUAUUAUAAACUUAACUCUAUGGACUUCAAGGGAGGAGGCAGAUGAGUAUCAGGAGAAGUUCAAGAUAGGAUCCAUCAUUGAUCUUAUAAAACCAAGAGUAAUAAACCGUGACUUUGGGUCCGACCAGGAGAAAUAUUCUCCAGUAGCUACCAGCCCUUUUCAACUUGGAAAUAUUGAAGGUAAAACUAUUAUCACUGAGCAUUUGGGAGACUGGAGUAGGUUUCAAAGUCUUCUUUCCAUUCCAACCAAACCCUCAGCAGGAUAUUUCAGUAUCAGUGAUAUACUUGAGUGCAAGAAACUAGUUGGGAGAAAUGUAGAUCUCUGUGUUGCUGUAAGAAGUGUUGGUCCUGUAAAAAUAUUCAAGGGGAGAGAUGGAGAGGAAAGGAAAGUGAGAGAUGUGAAACUGUUUGAUCUAACAGCUCCCUGCAUAGUGAUGAAGGUUUGGGAUAUGAAUCUUAUCGGUUUAUCAGAUUCCUGGAUUCCAAGAGAAACAAUUCUUUUCUUGGCAGACAUCAAAGUCAGUUUUGAUGAGUGGAGAGGAUGUAACUCUGUGUCCUGCACCGGAAAAACUAUCAUUACUCAGAAUCCGGAAAUAGGAGAAGCCAAGAUUCUAGCAAACCAUUGUCAAACUGCUGACUUUUCGUCCUAUUCAAGAAUGGAUGCUCUUGUUGCAAAUAUCAAUCCAUCAACCAUCAGUCAGGUUCACAAUGUGUUCUCCCUGAUGGAUGAGUUGAACAAGGUUUACCAGGACAAGGAGGGAAUGCUUCUCACCAACCUUUAUGGAUAUAUCACCAUGCUAGACAUAGACCAGGCUCAGGUUCCAACCACAUCUAGAUGUGGAUGCUGUACAAUGCCGUACAGACCAGAUGAGGGAACAGGACAUCCCUGCUGUACCAAUAUAGAUUGUAAAGAGUACAGGUGCACAUCUGCGGACAGACAUGAGCUGGUCCAGUAUGAUGUAAAGGUUGAUAUUUCUGAUGAGACUGGCACCCUUCUCAAGUGUAUGCUUCGUCCUGAAGUAUUGGAGAGAUCAUUUGGAGUGAGUGGAAGCGACUUUAUGGAAUUAUCAGAUGCAAACCGAACCUCGUUCAAGUGGGAACUGUUCCUUGUUCCUCUGAAGCUCUCACUUGCUAUCAUUCUGCCAACCCUUGACAGGCGGAACCCGAUCAUCUGUAUAGUUCAUAUAUCUCCAGUUGGGUCGGAGGAAAUAUGUUCGAAAAUGCCUUCUCCUGUAUUCCAGUAACAUCCUGAUCAGCUGCUCAGCUGUUAAUACUGUUCAUAGUUCAGCUGGGAAUCGAGGAAUCUUCAGCUGUUUAUUUAGGGGAAUAAAUUAUAAUGAAUAGCAAGAAGUAGUUAAACAACGUAGAAUAAGUUGAACCGCUUCUCUUGUGUUCCGAUUUAAGUUUAUUAGAAGUGGUUUUACACUUAGCCUACGUUAUUAAACUAUUUCUUGCUUUUUAUUAAAAUUUAGCCCGUGUUCAGUAUUAUCUAGUUAAGCUGUAAAGUGUGAUCCAGAUUAGAAACAUUAAAUCUUUCCUUAGUAUGGGCAAUCAAUUUUGCUAGAUGAACUUAAACAAAUAGUAAUCUUAUUGUUUCUCUCGUCAAUCAUUAUGAGAAAUUUGACUUAUUUAUCGGGAUCAGAGACAUAUACCAACAUUUAUGAUUCAUAUAAAUCUGUUCCAAGAUUCCUUUCAGUCAAUCAAUUCAAUAUAAUCAGGUUCUUAUUUAGAUGUUUUAAAACUUUUCUCACGUAAAAUGUUAACAGUGGUCUGUAACACUGCAAAUAUCAAUUUAUGCUAGACAUUAAACACUUUUUGAUAGUAAACAAAUUUAUGUGUUAUUUAUUAUAUAAAAAAUUUGACCAAAUGAAAUUAACCUAUGACAGUUUUUUUGUAACUAUUAGUUUUCUUAAAUGUGUUAAAUUUGAAUUUGUUAUGUAAACUCAAGCUAGUACUUAAAAUGUCAUAAUUAUUUUCAGA